AUGGCGCCCCUCCCACAAGCGCUUCAAACCCUGCAAGACGCCCUCGGCAACCUCUGCCACAACGUCAAAGUCGCAUGCCAGUCCACCACCACCCCCAAUAACCCCGCCAACACCAACACACACAACAACAGCACACCCCCUCCCCGCCCCACCACGCCCUACAACCCCACCCCCAGCGCCCCAAUCCGCAUCCCCGGCACGGUGACGCUGCCACCCGAGCCCGCAAUCCUACAAACCACAUGUCCACACGGCUGCGACCUCCCGGAGCAAGGCGAGCCCGAGGGCUCCUUGCGGGAACAUUUCCCCUGCGGGUGGCUGGGUGCCCGCCCGUAUGCUUUUGCGUGGGCGGAUCCGGAUGAGGUUAAUGAAUGCGGGGUUGAGAGUGAUAGUGAGGAUGAGGGUGAGGAAGAUGGGUGGGAGGAUGAGGAUGAGGAUGAGGGGUGGGAUGGGACGUUUGUGAGGGUGCCGGUGCCCGGCGUAAAGGGUGCUGGGGGUCCUGCUGCGCAGACGCAGAGCGGGACGCAGACACAGACGCAGACACACCAGCACGACGCCGGCGCAACGGCCUUGAAGCCCGCGUCCCCUGCUGCUGUCGAGAGGCAUGACUCCCUCUUUGACAUCGCGGGGCCCACAAGCACAAUUACAACCACACCAGUCGCGAGCGCGUCGACAUCGCCGACUUUUGCUUCCUCUCCCACGACCACUCAGGACACCAACGUCCACGCAAACGGCGCGCGCCCUGACCUCGACUUCGCUGAUGCCAACACCGACACUGACACCAACGCGCAGCACCCCGACCAAGAAACAGGCGGCAUGGACGAGUGCCCGCUGCACCUCACGAGCGCGGAAUGGGCGACCGAGUGGGACGGGCUCAUGGCCGAGGUUGGCGAUCUACAGACACAGAUCGAGCAAGACGCGGUCGCCGAGAAAGAGGAAGCUAGAGCAAAGGCCAAGGCACAGAGGAAGCAGUACACGCAGGCCAUGUACGCGCAGCAGUACGCGCAGCAGCUGCAGUGGGUGCGGCGGAAGCAGUAUUCACGGAAGAUGUACGCGCAGCACCGUGAGCGGCUGCAGGAGCGGCUCCGACAGGGCAAGCUUGACGAACAUCUCGAAGAAAAAGAAGGAGACGACGACGAUGCUAUCUCCUCGCCGUCUGUCCAGUCUGGGUCCAAGUCGAGGGGGCUUGGAGGCACUGCGCAAGACGCACAGGGCGCGCACGACGACGACGAAGCGCACUGGGCAGAGCUGAUGGGCGUAGUCGAAGAGUUCAAGGCUCAGAUCGAAGCAGACGCUGCCGUGGAGAAAGAAGCUGCGGGAGCGACGGCGGCGUGGCAGCAGCAGCAGCAGCAGCAGCAGCAACAACAGCAACACCAGCACCAACACGAAAAGCCGGGAGACGCGCACAACGACGGCAAAGCCCAGUGGGCCGAGCUGAUGGGUGUGGUGGACGAGUUUAAGGCUCAGAUCGAGGCAGAUGCUGCUGCUGACCAACAACACCAACACAACACCGCCGUCCACGCAGAAUGGGCCGCACUGCAAAUAUCGCAAGCGCGGACGCCCAAGCGCGGGGGCUGCGAGGCGCUUGUCCUGACGCCGGCACCCGCACCUACACCAGUGCAAGCGCCUGUGCCUGGAACAGCUCAAGUGCACACACACGACGCCGACGCAGAGCACUGGGCAGGCUUGAUGGAGGUGGUCAGGGAGGUCAUGGCCGUGUGCUAG